CAAACAUUAAAGUACAAACCAGCUGAGACAAAUGUAUCCAUAUUAGAGUCCGACCAGUCAGAAGAGAAUCAGCCAACUUCCCCACCCUCUCCGGAUGAGGCGGCCGCCGGACCGCCUGCUUCUCUUCCCCCGGCUCACUUCCACUUGUUCCGAAAUCCACUUCGCCGCCGUACGCCGGAGCCCGUCCCGACCCCGAGCACCCCACUCCACCAGUAGCCGUAUGGGGACGGACCACUGGACCCUCUGUUGUCAUGCAGGACGGGGCACAGGGCGGGACAGUCCCAGUGAAAGGGACCAGAGAAGAAUUGAUUGAUAUUAUGGGUGAUAACCCGGGCAUGAAGGCAGACAAUGAUGACUCCAAGGAGAAUGGUGUGCUUCUUCCAAAGACCAGUGGCACGCUCUUGCGUGACGGCGGCAGAGACACACCUGCCACACCCUGCAAAACAUCAGUCCAGUCCUGGACACCCACCUACCCAGAGGACUUUACCCCUACCGAGUCGCCGCGCCCCAAUCUGACCCUGGGCUCUGCCCUUUCCAUCCCUCUGUAUUCGGACUGGAACUCUGCCCUCGCCACGUGGGGAUUUGCAUGGGAAGCACACGUCUACGGCCUGGGUUCUGUUUUUUCUGUAUUCGGCCUAAUCUCUGUGGUUUGUCUGUUAGGGUUGCCCCUGCGCUGUCCCGCGGAAAGCCCCUACUUCUUCCUGCUGCACUUGUUUCUUUUAGCGUUCGAAGGGAUUCAAGCUUUUUGUUUGCUCUAUGAUGCUUAUAAUCACCAAGAUCGUCUCCCCCCUCUGGGCUCUCUGCUGCUCUCCAAGCUUUCCUUUUUCUGCUUGAUUUCAGCCUUCUCCCUUGCCUUUAUCCUGCUUUCCCUUCGCUCACGUAUGCAUCUUUCAUUCCCAUUUGCUAAUUCCACCUUGUUUUCAGCCUUUCCCAAGCCAUACCUGUUACUGUGUAUGUCCAUGCUGUAUUCUGUGUCCCUAGGCUGUGUUGGCCUGCUUCAGCUCUUCCACAGCCUCCCCUCGGUGAUCCUGCUAUUCCCUCAGGGUGUGUUUGUAUGUCUCACCAUAUUCCUCUCAAGCUCCUACCUUGUAUUCUACUGCUUUAUGCAAUUCAACACGAAGCACCUGUACCGGCUAAAUGACACUGGAGAGAGCGGAGGAUCUCCUGAAGCGGUGCCAUCUUCACGUUACCCCUUUUCCAAAGUGGAGGACUGGGAUAGGGCAGCAGCAGCUGGAUUAGGGGCUUCCUUGUGUUUGUUAGGGUGUGGAGGCCUCCAGUUUUAUGGGAUCCUGCAUGCCCUCGGUUUGGGUGGGGUUGAUACCUAUGGUUUCCAGCCCUGGCCCUGGUGGGGUUACCAGGUAGGCUGCAGGCUCUGUGAGAUUGGGGUGUGUCUAGGUUUGUCUCUCAUUGGUUCACUCCCUCUAUUCUGCCAAAACAACUCUUCUACCGAGUCCUUAACUAACCCCCGGCGAGGAUCUUGGUCCCGUCUCUCGUGCGGGUCCCAUUCACGAGGGCUCAUCAAGCCCUCUCAGGGAUGUGCAGAUUCUCCUGUCGUCUCCUCUCGUGAUUCUGGAUUCAGGCUGGUGGCCUGUGAUGUCAUAACAAAGGAACAGUCAGAGGAUCUUCCCCUUUUCCCAAUGGCGGAUCAUCCUCGGAAUAGGCUUGUCCCCAAUUCCAGCCAAACCCAGAGCACUGCUUUCCUUACACCCCCAAACCCACGGUCCAAGCCUAACAACGCAGUUGAGUCUCAGCUGUCGUCACUGGAUAGCCUGAGAAUGGAGACGGACUCAACUGCGGAUCUGCGGCCCCCAUCUCUCAUAGACCUGUCCCGUAGCAUUGACCAGGCUCUGUUCAGCGAAUCCCUAUUCUCUCACAGUAUCUUUGGUUUGCCGAGACUCUUUCAUGCUUCUUCCAGCCUCUCCUUGAGCUCUCCGAGCCAGGGUGAAUCACAGCAAGGGCCCAGCUCUAUGCAAAGAGCAUUAUACCCAACCAACUCCUGUGGUGACAUGGAACAAGACAACUGCCUGUCCACUUCAAGACCUUCUAAACCAAACAGCUCGUUGACAUCUCAAGGCAAGUCACCGGUGUCACCGGAGCAAUGGAAUUGGAAGGAGAGCGUCUCUGGUUCGACACAAGGCCUUUGCAGCAAACCAAAAACAAAAUAAGGAGACGGGGAAGUGCCGCUCACUUUCCUGGACCAAUAGAGGUCAAAACUUCCCAGAGCAAUCCCCCACCUGUCAUACCACCGGCGGUACAGAACCCUGAGCUUGGCCUCUCGGGACGGUUGCGGAUCUGGCCGCC